AUGGAAUUUCUGAGGUUGUACAAGGAAAACUACUUCAUGCAUGUUUUUGUUGCAAUGGAAAAACUGGAGGCGAAAACCGUAAAACCUCCGGGUCAGAUGGAACAUCUCACCACAAAGAUUCAGCAAAUGGAAGGAACGCAGAUACAACUGUCAUCAGUGUACCGGAAUCAGUCCAAGAAAGUCGAUAGACUGGAACGCACAAUUCGUCAGCUCGAAGCCAUGCUGGAUGAGAAAGAGGGUCUUGAUGAAUCUGGCAAGGAAGACUAA